AUGACGUCAGAAAGGAACCGGCGACUCCGCAGGCGCAGCUCCCCGCGUCUGACCAAGAAGACCUCUCGGCGUCGUGCAAGUAAUAAUGCUGCAUUUGAAGGCUUUGAAGGACUCCCAGCGUUCAUGGGGACACCUGUUUUCACUUGCGGCGGUGUUCUCACUGGAGAGUCUGGAUUUAUUGGCAGCGAAGGUUUUCCUGGAGUGUACCCUCCGAAUAGCAAAUGCACUUGGAAAAUCACAGUUCCCAAGGGGAAAGUAGUGGUCCUCAAUUUCCGAUUCAUAGACCUCGAGAGUGACAGCCUGUGCCGCUACGACUUUGUGGAUGUGUACAACGGCCACAGCAACGGCCAGCGUAUUGGGCGCUUCUGUGGCACCUUCCGGCCUGGAGCCCUCGUGUCCAGUGGCAACAAGAUGAUGGUGCAGAUGGUUUCCGACGCCAACACCGCCGGGAACGGCUUCAUGGCCACGUUCUCUGCUGCAGAGCCGAAUGAGAGAGGGGAUCAGUAUUGUGGAGGACGCCUUGAAAGACCUUCCGGCUCUUUUAAAACCCCCAACUGGCCAGACCGCGAUUACCCUGCAGGAGUCACUUGUUUGUGGCACAUUCUGGCCCCAAAGAACCAGCUCAUAGAACUGAAGUUUGAGAAGUUCGACGUUGAGCGCGAUAACUACUGCCGCUAUGACUAUGUGGCUGUGUUUAAUGGUGGAGAAGUCAACGACGCCAAAAGAAUUGGGAAGUAUUGCGGUGAUAGUCCACCUGCGCCAAUUGUAUCUGAGAGAAAUGAACUUCUCAUCCAGUUUUUCUCAGACCUAAGCUUAACUGCAGAUGGAUUUAUUGGUCACUACAAAUUCAGGCCAAAAAAAUUACCUACAACUACAGUACCACCAGUUACCACCACAUUCGCUGUAACUACAGGUUUAAAACCCACCGUGGCCAUGUGUCAACAAAAAUGUAGAUGGACGGGCACCCUGGAGAGCAAUUACUGUUCAAGUGACUUUGUAUUUGCUGGUACUGUUAUCACAACCAUCACUCGAGGUGGAAGCUUGCAUGCCACAGUCUCUCUCAUCCACAUCUAUAAAGACGGCAAUCUGGCGAUUCAACAGGCUGGCAAGAACAUGAGUGCCAAGGUCAUUGUGGUCUGCAAGCAGUGCCCUCUCCUUAGAAGAGGUCAAAAUUACAUUAUUAUGGGCCAAGUGGGUGAGGACGGGCGAGGCAGAAUCAUGCCAAACAGUUUUGUCAUGCUGUUGAAGACCAAGAAUCAGAAGUUCCUGACUGCCUUGGAAAACAAGCAAUGUUAACAGUGAACUGUGUCAAUUUAAGCCUCAUUCUGUCAUUGCCUUUGAAAGAUCUAUUUUUCUCAGCAUAAAAACAACCUUAUAAUACUAAACAUUGAGCAUUCAGAAAGAUUUACUCUUCACAGAGGUAGGUGUGAGACCUCCAGUGUUGCUGCUGGGAGUUCCAGGCCUGCACCGAGAGAAGCAGACACCAUAGUGUGGUGACAGGAAAGGAACGGCAUUGAGUGUUGACAGUUUGGAAGCAGUUUAUUUAUACAUCUCUGUAAAAGGGUAUUUGAGAAAUGAGUUUUGUGAAGAUGUAAAAAAAGAUUUUAUAAGUGCAAUACUUGCUCCAGGGUGUUAUAUUCUUUUCUUGCAUUUUUAAAUUGAUGCUUAAUAAAAUAUUUUUAAACAAUUA